CUCCAGUCCAGAUGGUGGCGGUAAUGCACCAAAAAGCUGGUUGCCAACCGCCAUGUAAAAAAACAAGAAGAAGGAGGAGGACGUUAUUCUGUGGAAGAUCAUCUUUGGAGAAAGUGACGUUACGUGCAGACUCACUCAGGAAGAGGACAUAAUCACAUUUCUGAACCUAGCUAAUAUAACUGAUAAAGCCUGAAUGGAUCUUACCGAACAGAUCAACCAGUUGGAGGCAGAUUUGCUGGAGCUGGGGUCACUCCUGGAGAAGGCAGAGAGGAAAAGAGUGCAGGAGGUACUAAAGCAGGAGCAGCAGAAGGUGGAGAAGGAGCUUUCAGUCAAACGACAACAGAAGGAGAAACAAGCCAUGAAAGAAGCAGACCGACCUCUUGCCUCUAAAGCAGCGUACACAGUCAAGAUCAACAGCUAUGCGUGGGACCAGUCAGAGAAAUUUGUCAAAAUUUACCUUACAUUGAAGGAUGUACACAAAAUUCCAUCAGAAAAUGUGGAGGUCAACUUUACAGAAAGGUCAUUGUCUGUGUUGGUGAAGGAUCUCGAUGGAAAAAACCAUCAGAUGACAAUUCUCAACCUGUUAUAUGCAAUCGAUGAAAAGGACAGCUAUAAAAAGAUAAAAACAGACAUGGUCCUGGUCAUGUGCAAGAAACAGGCAACAAAGAAGUGGGAUUGCCUAACAACAGUGGAAAAGCAGUCAAAAGAGAAAGAUAAGCCCAAUAUUGAUGAGAGUGCAGACCCCAGCGAUGGACUGAUGACCAUGCUGAAGAAGAUUUACUCGGAGGGAGACGACGAGAUGAAGAGAACCAUCAACAAAGCCUGGUCAGAGUCCCAAGAGAAGAAAAUUCGAGGAGGGGGAGAAGACAUGAUGGACAUCUGAAAUGCCCUCGCUGCGUGUCCACCUGACAUGACUUGAAUAUGAAAUGUUACGUCGACAUUUCCACAAAAUCUAUAAAUUCAGUGUACAGCUCAUAUAUAAAGGUUCAGGAUUAAUGUCUAAGCCCCGGAAGGCCUCGUUUUGACCCUGCUUUGAAAAUCAGGCUGCCGAUGUCCUGAUGGUCAUAGACCAUGAAGGCUCGAAAAUUAUGUGUACAAGCAUAAUGGCAGUGUCCAGCAGAUGGCAACCUAACAGCAAAAUAUAUACACAUUUCAUCACCUUUUUUUUUUUUUUUUUUUCUUUUUUUGUAAUGUCAGAUUUGAUGGGUUAAAGGACCACAAUGCAGUUGUUUUUUCUUGAGAUUAAUGUCCGUUAGUAAUUCAUAGUUCAAAUUGGACCUGGAUAAAUUAAAUAUGUGAGACAUGUUCUGUAAAGUCACAUGUUAAUAUUGUUCCUUUGCAGAAUUCAGUGCAGCUAAACUUAGCUGAUAUUUAAGCUGUUUCCAAGUGUACAUUUGCCAAAGUCAUGCUCAUAUUCCUUUAAUGAAGAGAACCAAAGGGAUCUUCUGGCUUCUCUUCUGGCGUCUUCAUAUCGGCUGUUUUUGUUUUUCUUUGUCAUUCCAUAAAUAGCUCAAAUGAUAGCUGCAAAGACAGUACUGCUCACACAUCAGUCCAGUGUAAUAAUUCACAUUACUGCAUAGGUCUGUGUUUGACAGAUUUAAUGUAUUUUACCCAUUCCUGUUGCAUAGCGUAAUGCUCUGAAACACUUUCUUUGUAAUUCUUUAAUAUGACUGUUGGAUUUUCAUAGUGUUGGACAGUUUCCAAUUUCUAUUUACAGCACUGUUGAAGUUGCCCAUUUCCCUCCAGCUUUUGGGAAUAUCUAAAAUGUAUGUUUAAUUAUGUUUCUUUUUUUACCCUGGCUUUUGUCAUUGUCUUACAUGUAUUGUUGUCUGCCCUCAAACAUGAAGUUCUCACAAAUAUAGAUCUUGAACUGA